ACUUUCUGCUUUCAUUCUAAAUUUUGCACCGGACUCUGUUCUUCAAGACUCUGUUGAGCUCCCAAUGGUGUUUGACCUAUAGCAGAGCUUGUCCAACAUCCUGCCUCUAAAACGUGUAAAACAUAGAAGAUACGAUAUAUAGAUUUGAUAGGGCAUGGAGGAACACAACGGCAAUAUAUAAGGCAUCUUUCACCAGCUAGUCUUGUUUCGUUCCUCAGCAACUUUUGUAUUAAUGGAUUUUCAAAAUAAUGUUCCAAAGGUUCCUGAAGGCUGGAAAGCAGUUUGGGAUGAAAAGUAUUCGUGCUACUUCUAUGUGAACCUUGCUACCAAUGUUUCUCAGUGGGAUCGUCCCAUUGAACCUCCAGUAGAGAGGUUUGCUAAUACGGAAGACAGAGGCUUUAACCAAGGUGGCUAUGGUGGUCAAUAUCAGCAAGGUGGCUAUUCUACUGCUUACACUCAGCAACCCUAUGUUCAACAACCCUAUGUUCAACAACCCUAUGGUUAUCAACAGCAACCCUAUGGUUAUCAACAGCAACCCUAUGGUUAUCAACAGCAACCCUAUGGAGCUUUUCCUCCCCAAGCUGGUUAUGGGGGAUACCAGCAACCUGUCUACCAACAGCAGGGAAAGAGUGGUGGUGGUUUGGGCACUGCUGGUGCUGCUGCCAUCGGUUUAGGUGCUGGUUUGGUUGGUGGUGCCUUAAUUUAUGACGCUCUUGAUGAUAGUGACAAUGCUGGUGGUGGCGAUGAUUAGUUUAAUUCCACCUAGAUUUUAUGUUUUAUUUUUAUCAUUUUUGUGUUAGUUUUUCGGCUGCAUUUUAUCUUUGUUUUCUUAGUUUUUUCUUUCUAUUUGUCAAAUAAUAUCUUCUAUUUAAAUUUUGGGUUUUUGUAUUUACCUGUUUCUCGUCGCUG